AUGGCGACGUCCGAAGCUCGACCCGAGUUCGUGGCGGCUCGGUUUCGCGCGACCAGAGCGUGUUACGGCUGCCGACAAAAGCGAGUCAAAUGUGAUGCCAUGGAUCAAGGCACCCCUUGCUCCAGAUGCGUCGCGAGCGGGCACACCAAUUGCCUCUUGUUCGAGUCGAAAAGGGGCACUUAUAAGAGACGAAAGAAGACCACCAGUCCGGUGCAACCAGUAAUUCAUGGCCCUCACCUUUCAGACCCUGAUGUACAGCAGACAUUUCAACAACCUACCACGUCAAAUGCCUUGAAAGCGGGCUCAACUGAAGAGGUCCGACGACAGCCUGUCUCACCACAGCCAACAAGCCAUGGGUCCAGGUUUUCGAGCGAGGUUCUCGCAAGACACGAAGACAGAGGACAGGCGGAGCUGCCAUCGGCGCCCUUGGUUGGGGGAAGGAGCGUCGCCGAAGCCGUAGCCAUGUACUCUGUUGCAGUUGGUGGGCCCGGAAACGUCACGGAAGACAGUACAGGAGAAGCCAGUGAACCUCAAAAUCAGCCGACGUCUUUGGAUUGUUCGUCGCCAGCAGACUCGUGCACCACACUUUCGCCAUAUCCCGAUAUUUCGUGGGCCUCGACCUUUGACCCCUUCCUCAAAACCAGGACGACCCCAGGGUUUGCCGACAGGGCUAACAGAUUCUCCAUUACCCAUCUCGACGAAUCGUUUCCUCUGUCCCUUGUUCUUCAGAAUCAAGGCGAAGGCAAGAAGCCGCAACUGCAUUAUCUCUCUCCAGCAAAUCCCGAACCAUCAGCCCACCGUCAGUGUUCGGGAGAAGGCCAGCAUCCCGCCCACAUUCCGACUGAAGACAUCAAGUUCCUUCAUGCACGGGGCUGUUUCACCCUCCCUGACCCUGACGUCCUUGAUUUUUUGGUCAAGACAUUCCUCGACCGAGUGUACCCUCUGUAUCCUAUCUUUACGUCGCGCGGCAGCUUCCUCAAACCUUACAGAACUCAGCAGAUCCCCUGGCUCCUGUUUCAUUCGGUUUGUUUUGCGGCAGUGACUUUUGCAGACGAGGACGCUCUGUUCCGCGCGGGCUACAAGGACAGGAUGGAGGCGCGGCUGUUAUUCUACAGAAAGGCAAAAGCCCUGUUCGACAUGGGCUAUCACAUGAACAAGAUCAUGGUGCUUCAGAGCGUCAUUCUCCUGAGCUUCUGGGGCAGUGUGCAUAACAACUAUUGGAACUCGGCGAGCUGGAUUGGAACAGGCGUCAUCAUCGCCGAGUCCCUGGGGAUCCAUCGAUCCAUGAAAGAGACAAAACUCGCUCCAGAGGACAAGAGCUUGUUGAGGCGACUCUGGUGGGUUUUGUUCGUACGGGACACCGGAGCGGCCACCUUUUCGGGGCGUCAGUUCCGCAUGAACACCGUCGACGUGGCGGACGUGGAGAUGUUAAGUCCCGAGGACUUUGUCACUGAUGCGCGAGAUGAUGAAGGAGAAGAAGAAGCAGGAGAAGGCAGCGUGCAUUAUCCUCUUGACAGCUCUUUUGGCCUAUUCCACGUCGAAAACACCAAGCUCGCCGUCAUCCUGCGACGGAUCGUGCUCUCGAAGCGUACUGGACACGGCCCAAACCAUGACCAACUGUGCCACGAGCUCCAGCAGUGGAGGAACGACCUGCCACCAGAGGUCGCUUGGGGAGAGAACUGUGGCACAACAAAGCCGGGUCUACUUCCGACGUGUCUUGCGCUCUCUUACAAUCACAAUCUGAUUCUCGCGAACCUGAGCAGCCGCCACUUCCUACAACCGGCGAGCUCUGUCCGCCCAGAUUACCCCAGCGUCAGAAGCCUAGAUACGGCCUGCGAGAACGCCGCUCAUCAGAUUCUUGACCUGGCAUGCGCCAUGGCGACCAAAUCAACCUUUUCGCGCCUGCCGCACGAGGCCUUCCACGCACUGUUCCUGGCAGAAGCAGUCUUCUACUCACAGGUCUUGUCACCGACGGACCCGGUCGGGGCGAAAAUGGGCCGCAUGGCCGUCACUACGUGCCAGGUGGUUUGGCACGGCGUUCGACGAGCUUGGGAUCCCGCGCGGUGGGCCAUGAAGCUGUUCGAGAAUCUCCUUGACGCGGCGGCGAGACAGCGGCAGUCAUCAGACGACGCGCAGCAGAUGCUGGUAAGCAAUACAUCCAAUGCGCAGGAAAGCAGCCUCUUGGAUGUGCCCAUGAAUGACUUUGGGGGGAUGGACUUGGUGUUCUCGUCCAUGUUCGACAUGUCGACUGGGAUGGACGGCAUGACGGGCGACUCGUCACAGAUGAUGUUUUCGUUCGAUCUCACAGACGAAGCUCAGUGGUGA